CCCCUCCCACCCCGGGGGACCUGACGGGGCCGGCGCCGAGCGGAGAAGACGGCUCCCCAGCGCAGUCGGUCCGUCACCACGCCUGAGCCGCGCAGUUACCGCCUCAGCCCCGCUGGAGCCUGGGGGGCCGGCCCCUCGGCAUGUCCGCCGCCGCCCGUGUGUCCGUAGCGCCCCCGGAACAGCAGGUUGGGGGGACCGAGGCUGGCGGGGGCUCGGGACAGACCCGCUCCCAGGAGCUGGAGGAGACGGGACAGGAGCUGCCGGAGCCCAGCCAGGUGGUGCCGCAGGUGGAUGAAGCCGGGGAGAGCAGCGGUAGCCGAGAGGCGGAUCCCCCAGGGCAGGACGAGAAACGGCGGCAGCGGCAGGUGGUCGAGGCCCCCCUGCCUAAGGAAAACCCCUGGACCCGGAGAAAACCUACCCCCAACAGCCCGUCCCCGGCAGCAGCGGACACCCAGCUCGUUCUGCAGGACUCAGAACGGCCAAAUUCCGCUAAAGUUAUAAAAGCAGGGAAACCGAAGACCAGGAAACCCAGCAAGGCUAGUGACUUCAAUGAUAUCACAAAUUGGCCGACACCAAGUGAAAUAGCAAACAAUGAAUGCAAAACCACAAAUCAUCAGAAUAAAAAGCCACUAAAUAAAAAAGAAAGGGAGGAGAAAACUGAAAAGAGAGCAAGCAGUGAAAUUGAGAACCUGCAAACAAAGCCUGAUGGUCCUGGAGAAAAUGUCAGUGAAGACGAGGCUCAAUGUAACAAUCAAAGGAAAAAAGGUAACAAGCAGAAGUGGGUACCACUUCAUUUAGAUGAUGUAAGACCAGAUAGCCAAGAAGGAACAGGCUCUCGAAAUAGUUCAAGAUCUCAGCCAGAAACAAGCAAAUUAGUGCCAUACAACAACAGACGAAACGAGUCAAGAACUUGGCGCCAUGAUAGAGAGAGAAGAGAUGACCAUGAUGAAGUUUCCAGUGUCAGAAGUGAAGGUGGCAGCAUUCGAGGAUUCUUUAGAGGCAGAGGAAGAGGGCGUGGCAGAGGAAGAGGGCGUGGCAGAGGAAACCCUCGAAUGAACUAUGAGUAUUCGUAUGGUUACCAAGAACUGUAUGGUGAAAGGACCAGUCAGCCAUUUCAACCAGAACUUAAUGCUAGUAUGAUGUAUUACUAUGAUGAUGGAACAGGAGUACAAAUGUAUUCUGUGGAUGAAACCCUGCUCAAAGAAUACAUUAAACGUCAAAUUGAGUAUUAUUUCAGCAUAGAAAAUUUGGAAAGAGACUUUUUUCUGAGGAGAAAGAUGGACCAACAAGGAUUCUUGCCUAUUUCUUUAAUUGCCAGCUUCCAUCGUGUGCAAGCUCUGACUACAAAUGUUAACCUAAUUUUAGAGCCUCCAGGAAGCAUUCUAGAGGGAGAAGACCAGAAUGAUGCUUCUCGCAGCAGCUGGUGGGGUUGUGUGGCUGUAAAAGACAGCACAGAGGUGGAAAUAGUGGAUCAGAAGAUGAGAAAAAGGGUAGAUCCAGAAAAAUGGCCAAUUCCUGGUCCACCUUCACGGAAUCAGCCACAAACUGACUUCUCUCAGCUAAUCAACUGCCCAGAAUUUAUACCAGGAAAAGCUUUUUGUUCACAUACUGAGUCUGCACCAAGUUCUCCAAGAAUGGGAAGCCCAAAGAAAAGCUCUGAAACAAGUAACCUUCAAACAAUGUCUAAAGGAUUAUCUACAAGCUUGCCAGAUCUGGACUCUGAGCCUUGGAUAGAAGUGAAAAAGAGGCAUCGUCCAUCCCCAAUCAAACUAAAGGAAUCUGUGCAUACACUAGAGCACACACCAAGUCAGCAACAGCAGGCCCCACCUUCACAGGAACAAGAACAAGAAGAGCUUGAUUUUUUGUUUGAUGAGGAGAUGGAACAAAUAGAAGGUCGCAAAAAUACAUUUACUGAUUGGUCAGACAAUGAUUCAGAUUAUGAAAUUGAUGACCAUGAUGUAAACAAAAUUUUGAUUGUAACACAGACACCACCUUCCAUGAGAAAACAUCCUGGUGGAGAUCGCACUGGCAACCAUGUGUCUCGUGCAAAAAUUACAUCAGAACUUGCUAAAGCUAUUAAUGAUGGUUUAUACUAUUAUGAACAGGAUUUGUGGUUGGAGCAGGGUGAAAAUGAUUCUACAGCCAUAAAGCAAGAGGUUGAAAACUUUAAGAAACUAAAUCUCAUCAGUAAAGAAGAGUUUGACAGUCUUACACCUGAGCCAAACCAGGAAGUUCUUCCAUGGCCUUCAAGGUCACAACAAGAUUUAACAGAUGAGCUAGCUUGUAAAUUGUUUGGUGUUGUAGAAGUACCUCCAACAACAAUGGCUCGUUCACUGCCAACAGCAGUCCCAGAAUCUCCAAGAGUUCAUCCUGCCAGAACACCCAAAACACCUCGUACCCCGAGGUUGCAAGAUCCCAACAAAACACCAAGAUUCUAUCCUGUUGUUAAAGAAACAAGAUCCAUUGAUGUAAAGAUUCCAAGAAAAAGAAAAACACGACAUAGUACAAACCCUCCUCUAGAAUGCCAUGUUGGUUGGGUAAUGGAUUCCAGAGAUCACAGGCCAAGAACAUCUUCUGUGAGCAGUUCAAAUGCUUCGCCUUCAGAAGGUGCUCCAAAAGCAGGAAGUUAUGGGUGUACCCCUCACUCACUUCCCAAGUUCCAGCAUCCUUCUCAUGAACUUUUAAAGGAAAAUGGCUUUACACAACAAGUGUACCACAAAUAUCGUCGAAGGUGCCUAGUUGAGAGAAAACGGUUGGGAAUUGGCCAAUCCCAGGAAAUGAACACACUCUUUCGUUUCUGGUCUUUUUUUCUCAGAGAUCACUUCAACAAGAAAAUGUAUGAGGAAUUCAGACAACUUGCUCUAGAUGAUGCAAAAGAACACUACAGGUAUGGAUUGGAAUGCUUGUUUAGAUUUUACAGCUAUGGUUUGGAAAAAAAAUUCAGACAAGAGAUCUUCAAGGAUUUCCAAGAAGAAACAAAAAAAGACUAUGAAUCUGGUCAGCUUUAUGGAUUAGAAAAGUUUUGGGCUUAUCUGAAAUACUCUCAAUCAAAAACUCUACCCAUUGACCCCAAACUGCAGGAGUACCUUUGUAACUUUAAGAGACUGGAGGACUUCAGAGUUGAUCCUCCUCUUAGUGAAAUAUCUGGGAGAAAAAGACCUUCAGCUUCAAUAGGUGAGGAGAGUGGUUGUCAUAGACAUCAGUCUACAUCCUCUUCUAAGACUCUAAUUGCUGCUGAAACCACAGCUGACAAUCAGUUUCAGAUCGCAGUAAACUUUCACGAUGGGGAUACUGCGCAGGAAUCAAUUGACAAGUUAGGCAGGAACAGCGUUGCCACAAAAUCAACAGAAGGUGACAUAUCUAAAAAAUAGACUUAAGACAAGUUAGUGCUCUUGAGGUCAACUUUUACAUCAAUAUUUUAGUUCAGAAAUUUUCAAGGGGAACUGUUCGAAUGCUUGAUUAAAAACAAAUGUAUGGGAAGACAAAGGAUUGCAUUUUCUUUCACAAGAAAGUUAAUGUUUCCCAUGGUUGGGGGUGGCUGGUUCUGAGAUCAUCAAAGGGUUUCUAGGAAAAUGUCUAUGGUUUCAGUAUUGCUUUCCUUGAGCUAUUGUUUACAAAAAUGGCAUUCCUGUACUAUAUGCAAAAAAUAUUUUGGGGAUGCCUUACAUUUUAGCUCAUACUUCUUAAAGAAGAUACAAUAUAUCCAUGUUACUUAUUGAGCUUUCUUCACCUAAGUUUCCCAUUAUGAAUUAUUAAUUGUAUGUAUCAAAGCCAAAAAGAGAGUGUAUAUUUUUUUAAAUUACAGAAAGGAUCUAAGUUUGUAGGCUCCUUCUUACAUAUAUAAUUAUAAAAAUAUUUGCUUUUUUUGUAAAAAGUAAAAGCACAUUUAAGGAUGUGAACCUGUAAGGAACUGUGUGCGCUUCUGGAUUCUGUUUAAUUAUUUUGCUUUCUAUUUUUUAUUUCAGGUUCUCCAUAGUUAGUGUUUUGUUAGGUGUGGGGUUUUCUAAGUGGACAUCAGCUGGUUUAGUUUUAAGGAAGUGUUCAACACUUAUUUUUAUAUGAAUGUGAGCAAAAAUAAAGUAGAAGGGUAAAGUGAGUGUGUUUUUAUA